AUGUAUUUCAAAAAAUGUGAUAUAUUUGAAUGGAUUUGUGAAGCUUAUGAUUUAAUUGAAGAAGCCAAUAGUGGGGGUAAACAGUUUUUUAUAGAUUUGGAUUCAACCUAUAAUCAAUAUGAAUACUUGUCAAUGAAAUCUAUAUAUCUUAAAAAUAUUUUAAUGAAAAUCGAUUUAUUCUUUGAUCAAUUAAUUAAAUUCAAAUCUAAAAUUAAAGGUAAUAUUUCAAAUCAAGAAAUUAAUUUUUCAGAUAACCAGAUAACAGUAUCUUAG